AUGGUCAUGGCUGCGUCAGGCGAUCCGAAUGGACUCGUGGCGCCGAGCGGUGCGCACCUCCAGCAGCCGCACGCCCCGCCGCAGGUCGGGCCGUGGCAUACCGCAACGGACAUAAACUGCAGCUCCACUACACACGGCAGCACAGUGACAGUCAGUCGCAGCCGCCGCUACACACACAAUCCGUACACGUCGCCUUUGACGACCCCGUCGGGAAGCUCCACCAACACGUCGCGGCAGAUGAAUACUUCCACCAACACUAGCUGCGACAGCUCGCUACAGAGCUACAAUCCCUGUGCCGUGCGGGAGCCCGGCAGUGCAGAGGCGUUCGCGGUGGCCAGCAGUCUGAUGGAGCAGUUUCUCGGCGUGGUGGGGAAGAUUCCGCACACGGCGUGCACGGUGGCCGGACGCCACCUUCUGGUGUCGGUGCUGCGCCUGCAGCACAUGGACAAGAUGCAGAUCAUUAUCGACGAACUGGUCCCACAGCUCAACGUCGUAGCACUGGACCCGCAGGGCUGCCAUGUUGUACGCACCCUCAUCGAGCUCAUUUCAACACCGCUGAUGGAGGCGCUGGUGCCACAUAUUACCCCAGAAACAAUCCUCGAUUUGGCCGUCAGCUCGCAGCACACACGCCGCAUUCUGCAGAGCAUCUUCGAGCGCCACAAGAGUGAUGCCCUCACCCCUAUUGUGACAACAAUUGCCCAAAGCAGCCGACGGCUGGCCGUCUCUCAGCAAGGCUGCAUUGCCGUCAUACGCACUAUUGAGAAUGCUGUGCCACAUCAGAAGCAAGCAAUCAUUUCGAUGUUGCUGCCGGUACUGCCAGCCCUUACAAUGAACUGCUACGGCAACUACGUGGUGCAGUGCCUCCUGCAGCACAUGGACCACGCCUCGGUCGUCUCUGUCGUUUGUCACUCCUUUGCGGGGCACUGGGUGGCGCUGUCCCGCAACAAGUUUGCCUCCAACGUGAUGGAGAAGGUCGUGUGGCAGCUCGAUGGGGCGGCGCGCAGGGCACUGGUGGAGGAGCUUGUCCUCGACACCGCCAAUCUUAAGUGUCUUAUGCAGGACGCAUUCGGUAACUUUGUGCUGCAGGCGAUCAUCGACUCCUCCAAUGACGCGGGGGAGUUCCGCGAUAUCUCGAGCCGCGUGCGGCAGCUGCUGCACACCAGCCCGUACGGCCACAAGAUUGAAAAUAGACUGCAGAGCGGGCUCGUGCGCUCACUGCGGAUGGCGCCCGACCUGCAGGGCAACGGCGCGGCAGCCCCGCUGGCGAACGCAUGA